CCUUUCCCAAACCCGAAAUACGCCGCUAUGGACCGUCCAGAACCCCUCUUUUGAGGCCCCUUCCUUUAUGCUUUAAUUAUGCGACAGAUAAAAAAUAUUAAUUACAUAAUUAACACUGAUUUUCAACGGUUCAGCGCCAUUGUCGAAUUUAUAUGAAAAGACGGAAACCCUAGGCAUUCCCUUCAUGACAAUGGCGGUCUAAUUCUUUUCGAAUUCAAAGGGUUUAAAUUGAAGGUUCAUUGGGUUAUGGAAGAGCCUGGGCAGCUGAAACGUGCUUUUAUAGAUGCGACUGCUGGUGCAAUAGCUGGUGGCAUUUCUCGCACUAUAACAUCACCUCUUGAUGUCAUCAAGAUUCGGUUUCAAGUCCAAUUGGAGCCUACAUCCUCUUGGGCUUUACCUCACGGAGGAGUGUAUGGACCAUCAAAAUAUACAGGGAUCUUGCAAGCGACUAAAGACAUCUAUAGAGAGGAAAGACUACGAGGAUUUUGGAAGGGAAAUGUACCGGCACUCCUAAUGGUCAUGCCCUAUACAGCGAUUCAAUUUACGGUGUUGCACAAGUUGAAGACAUUUGCAGCUGGAUCAUCCAAGUCAGAGGACCAUAUUCAGUUGAGUCCUUACCUAUCCUAUUUAAGUGGGGCUUUAGCUGGGUGUGCAGCAACAGUCGGAACAUAUCCAUUUGAUCUUCUGCGCACAAUUUUAGCUUCACAAGGCGAGCCAAAGGUUUAUCCUUCCAUGAGAUCUGCCCUUGUUGACAUAUUGAAAACCCGUGGGUUUCAAGGACUAUAUGCUGGACUGACCCCCACAUUGGUUGAAAUUAUUCCUUAUGCUGGCCUGCAGUUUGGUACCUAUGAUACAUUCAAGCGUUGGACCAAGGGAUGGAACCACCUAAGGUAUGGGCAACCCAAUGGAUCCCCAUCUGAUGACAGCCUCUCAAGCUUCCAGCUCUUUCUUUGUGGCUUAGCAGCUGGGACGUGUGCCAAAGCCGUCUGUCACCCUCUUGAUGUAGUCAAGAAAAGAUUUCAGAUUGAAGGGCUGCAAAGACACCCAAAAUAUGGAGCCCGGGUUGAGAGUCAUGCAUACAAGAACAUGUGGGAUGCUUUACGCGGUAUAGUGCAAGCUGAGGGUUGGGCCGGUCUUUACAAAGGCAUCGUCCCUUCUAUUAUCAAGGCAGCCCCAGCUGGGGCGGUCACUUUUGUGGCGUACGAAUACACAUCAGAUUGGUUAGAGUCCAUUUUGACAUGACAUAGCUCUGAUUCUUUUGCCAUUUCAUUUUUUUUCCUUAUAAUGCAAAUCUCCAAUUCUUCACAUUCAUUGCCUCUUAAGCCUUCGUUCUAUUUCUCACUUAACAUGAGAGCCAUUUUUUAAGAACAUUUUUGAGGAGUAAGGUUCUCCUUCAUUUUGACAUGUUAGUGAGAAAAUUGUAUCUGUAAUUUUGUAUCUAGAGCACCAAUCCAUGAGAGAAGCUUCUGGAAGAUGAAGGCUCUCCCACCACAAAAAUGUGAGAUCUUUUGGUGACGUUCGCACGUGGGAAAGAGAGAGAGAGAGAGAGAGAUUAUGACUAGAAGGAACUGUAAUAGUUAUUUGUACAACAUCUUUAAUUGGGAUUUAUUCAUAUUUCUCUUGAGUGACGUUAUUUCCA